GAUCACGCACAAAGAAGUCGGUUCAGGUGGAAAACUCGAUACUGCUUGGUCGAAGCGGAAUCUCUGAUCAAUGCUAUUUCCCUGUUCUUGACAUUUGGUCUUUUGUUCGUUAAAGUCACCAGCACUAUUCACGGAGUGGAUGUUCCCUACUGGCAGAAAGCUUCCUAUUGGUCUUUGUGUUCAGCUACAUGUGGUGAGGGUGUGCAGCGCAUAAAAUAUCAGUGCGUGUCGCAGGAUAUGUAUGGAAUUUUAACCAUACUUGAAGAUCAGAAGUGCGAAGGACUUCCCCAGCCGUCUGAGCCGGGUGAUGAGCGGUCAUGCAAUCUCGGUUCUUGCAGAGGCUACCGCUGGCGAGUGUCCGACUGGGGACAUUGCUCUCAGACCUGUGGAGGUUUCGGCACAAUGACAAGAGACGUUGAUUGCGUCUAUACUGGGAUGGACGGAGACAUCAUGGUGAAUGAGCGAGAUGCCUCAAACUACUGUGGAAUUUACGCACAACCGGAGAAACACAGCCCUUGUAAUCGAAUAGCAUGCAAGCCGGAUUUUAUGCCUGAACAGUGGGGAAAGACAAGGAACCUCAACCUGCAAGUUGGUCAGCGAGCGUUUGUCAUCCCCUACACUCGAGUGACAGUCAUAUGUCCUGUACACUAUUUCUCUGUUCAUGAGAUUGUGUGGACACACCCGUCUCAUGGACAGCUGAAAUAUACGGGACGUUUGGAUGAUCGUGUACUGGUCGACAGACGUGGUAGACUGCGAAUUCGCAGUUUCCGCAACGAAGAUGCCGGUGAGUGGGAGUGCAGAGCCGGGAAUCAAAGUGCUCAGCUAAACAUGCAUCCGCGGACACCCGCUGAAGGUUUCCACGACUGGAUACAACGAAAUCGAUUGUGGACCAAGGGGAUGAUGAGCGAUGAUCCAAAAAACUUGGCCGUUGCUCACGCAAUUGUCCAGUGGGUUGAAGGGCCGUGGAGUGCCUGUUCCGUCAGCUGUGGAGAUACUGGCCAACAAUUCCGAACCGUUCGGUGUGAACGGGUGGACACGCGGUACUAUGAAAUACUUGAUGACCAGGUUUGUCUGGACAAGUUGCUGCCAAAACCUCUAAGCAAACGGAAAUGUUUGAAGAGCAAAAAAUGUCCCGCGUGGGUGGUUGUAGGAUCCGAUCCAUCUGUGUGUUCAAAACUUUGUGGUGGCGUUGGUGUUCGCGCCCGACAGCUGACGUGCACCUGGGUUCACGACAAGCAGCCGGCAGGUCCUCUGUGUUAUGCGAACCAGUUGCCAAGCCCACCGGUAAUCGAGGAGUGCGAAGCUCCACCUUGCAAAUUC